AUGGCAGAAGCAUUGAAGGGAACGAUGGAGCAGUUGGGCCAGUUCCUGCUGCAGCAGAAAGGGACCAUCCCAGAUCUUUCAUAUGCAAAUAUGUUGCAGACCCACGUCUCUACGUUGAAGAAUGGAUUGCAAAAGCUGGCGAAGGUGACCCCGUCCGAGGCCACGGACCUCAGCCGCAGCAUCGCAGCAGGGCCCUGGAACCCGGAACAAAAGACCGAGCUGUGCCAGGUCCUCUCGGACAAGCUGGCAGCCACAGGGUCUUCGUCUCCAACCGAAGAGACGAAAACACAAGAGUGUCCGCGAUUCGGUGCCUUUUUAUCGCAGGAUGACAGACGGAUCCUCGCGGAUCCGUCGCAGUCAGAGAGCCAGAAGCUGCAUCAGCUUGCGAGCCGUUGCAUGAAGAUUGGAUUGGUGCUGCCCAGCGAAAGCUGCAAGGGCCGCAUAUUGGCGAGUGGAGUGGCAGCCGGGUUGGACGCACAGACGGCCAGCGCCUUCUACGCCGCUCUGACCGCCUUCAAGAAGAUCCUGAAAAGGAAGCGGGAGAUGAUCCCUGGCAAGACCAAGUUCGAGCUUGCCAUCUACCCGGACGGCCCGGAUCAGCUUCCCAACCAUUUCAAAGAAUGCUAUGCCACGGACCCAGCGGAACCGCUGAGCAUCGAGCAGAUCCUCAAGGUCAGCCAGGUGCAGGCUUUGAGGAAAAGCUCCAAAGCCCUUCAAGCUGCGAGUUCCUCCUCGAGCUCGGGCGGAUUGAUGCCCCUGGGAGCCGGGCUCGGACAGGCAGAUCAAUUCACCCAAUUCAUGGCAGGGAUCAUGCAUGUGGUGAAUGCCAUGCAGAACCAGCAGCAGGGGGACCAGGACCUCAGCAACCUCCACCUCUUCAAGCCCAAGGCCAAAAAUCAGAAAAAGGCUUUGGCACUUCCUGCUCCUGCAGACCAGACCUUGCCAACCAAUAGCACCCCUGAGACUCCCGAGAAGCCUUCUUCAUCGAAAGGCAUGCAGUUGCUCACCCUGCCGGCCCCCACGGAGCCUGGCCCAGGGGCGGAGGACAAGGAGGACCAGCAGGGCGAUCACAAGGACGAGGAGCAGAACCAGAACGAGGCCGAGCAGCAGUUGCAGUGGUUGGCGAAGAAGCCGGCAGCAAAGACGGCGAAGCCCAAGGCCGUGGCAGGCAUCUUGAAGAAGCCUGCUGCAGCGAAGUCCAAGGUCGUAUCUCAGCCGAAGGCGAAGUCCAAGGCCGCAGCUGUUCCGAAGGCGAAGUCCCAGGGCAAAACUCCGAUCGUGAAGACCAUCCGGAAGAAGAGUGGCUGGGUGGUGGUGUACAAGUGGAAGGCCACAGAUGGCUCGAUCUGGGGGAAGUGGUGGAGCCCCGAGGGCAAAGGCUUCCCAUCCGGUUCCAAGGCCUGGUCGGCCAAUGCCUCCGACGAGGCAAAGGACGUGCUUGUGCCCUUCAAGUCGGAUCUUCUUUGCAUGGCUGCCUGA